UGGACGUCACAUUCAAGAGCCGAUAGUGUGGUUUUGAUGGGAUAACUCACAGUUUUUUCUUGUGAGUGCGUGUAUAUUCCUAUCAACUGUGUCAACUCCACACGACCAGUGUUCCUUCACCGUCACCGAGGUGAUUAAAACCGCCUGUUUUGACUGCAAGCAGUGACAAAAAAAGUCCGGUGUAUUUUUUUUACCAUCAAUAUCCACAAUGAUAACUCCUGCGUUUGACCUGAGCCAAGACCCCGAGUACUUGAUCCUCAGCAUCCGCGUGCCCUACACCAGGACAUCAGAGUUUGACCUUUAUGUUGACGGGACGGAUUUCAAGUUCUUUGCCAAGCCCUACUUUCUUAGAUUAACUCUUCCUGGAAGAAUAGUGGAGGAUGGGAGAGAAAAGGCUAAAUUUGACAUUGAUAAAGGUCUUUUCAUCCUCCGGGUCCCUAAGGAGACGGCCGGUGAACACUUCGAAGGACUUCAGAUGCUGACGAGUCUCCUCGCACCCAAAGGCUCCCGUUCAGCAAAACCUCUGGUGGAAGAUUUGAGCUCAGGAUGCAGUGAGAGUGUUGGAGAUGAAGAGGAAGAAGAUGAAGAAGACUUUGACUGGCAGGUGGAGCAAGAGGUGUACACGGAGCAGUCGGAGGAGGAGCUGAAAGCUCAGCAGAAAUAUGGCUUCGGUAACCAGAGGUCCGGAGUGUUUGCCAGAUUACAGGAGGAGCUCAGUGAUGUGAUCGAUAUCAAGAACCCAGAGGGAACAACGGCAGCAGAGAGGAGGCAGGGACGGCUGGAGGCAGAAGCAUCUGCCUUUUCACCUGACCACUACCUUGCUGAUUUCUUUGAGGAUGAUGAAAUAAAGGGGCUACUGAAGUUUAAACCGUGGUGGGCAAAGCUGAGUCCUUCCACAGAGCAAGAAGAAGAAGCUGCUGUGUCAUUCACCGACGACGAGAAGGAGCAGCUGAGGAAAUUCACCAACCGCUCCUACCUGCUCGACAAGACUUCGCGGCACCAAGCGUGGCUCAGCCUCGUGGACAUUCUGCUGGCUCACUGCUAUGAAGUGCGCGCUACGGAGGGAGAGCACAGUGUGGAGUCACCGUGGACAAUCAGAAAACUCAGCGGGACGCUGUGCUGGCUGGAGACGUACGUCUCGUUGCAAGAGGUCCUGGUGUCGUUUGGACGGAGGGUUUUGUGCUUCCCACUCUACAGACACUUUGCAUUGGUCUCUGCGGCACUUGCUGACACAACUAAGAUUUUGCAGACAGGGAGAGCCUGUGUCCUCAAAUGCCUGCUGGAUGUUCACAAAGUCUUCAGGGAGAACGAGCCGGCCUACAUACUGAACGAUCUGUACAUCACCGACUACUGCGUCUGGAUCCAGAGGGUCAAGUCCAACAAGGUGACAGCCUUUGCUGAAAUGUUACAAAAAGCCUCUCUGCGGAAAGAAGACUUGGAGCUGGAGCUUGAGGAGCUGGAGGAGGCAGCAACAAUGGUGGCGGAGGAAGAAGGAGCUUCCGAGAGCGCUCCGAUAUCCCGCGGUGUCUGCAGCGGCGCUUCCAGUGACAGCAGCGGCAGCAGCGCCUCGUCUGAUGAGAGCGAGGAAUCUGAGGCUGAAGGGCAAGGUUGCACGGAAUCCAGCACGAGAGGAGGAGGAGGAGGAGGAGGAGAGCGGUCCAAGGACAGCCCUCCCCAGCCCCAACCCACCUCCACUGCCUCUCCCAUCCCCCAGGAGCCACCGAGCACACUCCCCUCAGCAGAGAGGAAAGUGGACGCCCUCCCCUCAGCCUCACAAGGCACCAGACAGCUGAUCCAGGAGCUGGGAGAGCGUGUGGCGGAGGAGCUGAAAAUCUCUCAAGACUCCAGCUGCAAAGCGGAGCGAAGCUGUUCACAGCUGAGCAGCACUGAGGCGAAGACAGAAGCAUCUGGCAGCGGCGGCAGCAGUGGGACUUUGUUAGAGCUGCGUCCUCAGAGGAACCCUCUGCUCAUCGUCCAACCACGGGACGAUCCUGAUGUCAGCGACUUCCUCAGCUGAGAGACAGGGUUGUGGAAACUUAAUAAUUCUAGUUUUCUUUCUAUUUUGGGAUUUUUUUUUCCUGCUUUGUGCAGGUGAGAUUUUGGGCAUACACCCUCUUCUAAAGGACCUUGUUUUCCAUCUGGAAUUAUAUUUUCUUCAUUGAGGAAAUUGCUGAGCUUCAUUAAAAUCUUGACUUGA